AUGAUUGAGCAGCCAAGAUUUACUCCUGAACUACAAAAAGAGUGGGAAAAAAGAGAAUUCAAAUAUAAACAAGCCAGAGAGUGGAUAAACAUUGGUUUAAGCCCCAAAGAUGCUGAUUAUGCUCGCUGA